UGUCUAUCCACUCGACUCUCAUCGUUGACAGCUUGUAUAGCUCAACAUUCUCAACCUUGAAACACAACAAUGGCAUUCGGCGACAGAGGCGGCGGUAGAGGUGGAAGAGGAGGAUUCGGCGAUCGAGGUGGUGGACGAGGUGGGAGAGGCGGUGGUUUUGGAGGGGGUAGAGGCGGGGGUGGAGGAAGGGGCGGACCACCCGGAAGGGGAGCAGCAGGUGGACGAGGCGGUGGACGAGGAGCACCCAGAGGUCGUGGUGGACCAGGUGGUCGAGGUGGAGGUCGAGGUGGUAAACCUGGACUUGGACGUAAAGGCCCAGGAGCAGUUACGCUUGAGCCUCACCGACAUGCCGGAGUGUACAUCGCCAAAGGCAAAGAACACUUGCUGGUCACUCGAAAUAUGACACCUGGAGAAUCAGUCUACGGCGAAAAGAGGAUCAGUAUCGCGUCUAUGAACGCUGAGGGAGAAGAGGAAAAGGUAGAAUACAGAGUUUGGAACCCUUUCAGAUCAAAAUUGGCUGCUGGUAUCCUUGGAGGUUUGGACGAGAUUCACAUCAAACCAGGAGCCAAGACCUUGUACCUGGGAGCUGCGUCGGGAUCUACUGUCUCUCACGUCUCCGAUAUUGUUGGGCCAGAAGGCGUCGUCUACGCUGUGGAGUUCUCUCAUCGAUCAGGUCGAGAUCUGAUCGGAAUGGCAAAGAAGAGGACCAACGUCAUUCCCAUUGUGGAAGACGCACGACACCCUCAGAAAUACCGAAUGCUCGUUCAGAUGGUGGACGUCAUCUUUGCAGAUGUCGCACAACCGGAUCAAGCUCGUAUCAUCGCCCUCAACGCUCAUCAUUUCCUCAAAAACGGAGGUGCCAUUGUCAUAUCCAUCAAGGCAAACUGUAUCGACUCGACUGCUCCCGCGACACAAGUGUUUGCUAGUGAAGUCAACAACAUGAGAAAAGAGGGAAUCAAGCCAAAGGAACAAAUCACCUUGGAGCCGUAUGAAAGAGACCACGCCAUCGUGGUCGGACGAUAUGAGCGACACCAGGAAUAGGUUUGACGGUGGAUGGGAAGGCUUGAAGAUUUGGCAGUGUAAGGUUACGUGUGUAUUCUCGAGAUC